CUCGUCUGAGGCUCCAAGACCACCAUGGAAGGAAAUUGGACGGACUCGGACCACGUCGGACUCUGCUGAAGACGAUGCUUUCGAGCUGCCGGGCUUUGCUGUAGCCAAGAAAUGGCAAGGGACAGCAGCCGACAAAAAGGACAUGGUCCAACUGGGCAGAGUCCAGGAACUUCGGCGCAACUUUCAGUUCAUGUCAAUAUUGGGGUUCGGAUGCACACUCAUUGCAACUUGGGAGGUGCUUCUCACCACCAUCAGCUCGGUCCUGACAAAUGGUGGGACCGCUGGCGUCAUCUGGGGAUACGUUGUCGUCGUCUGCGGCUUCUUCUUCGUGUACCUGUCUAUCGCAGAAAUGACAUCCAUUGCUCCUACCAGUGGAGGUCAAUAUCAUUGGGUAUCGGAGUUUGCACCGAAGCCUGCUCAAAAGUUUCUCUCAUACCUGGUGGGAUGGCUCUGUUUCACCGGCUGGCAAUGCGCUAUCACAAGCAUCACAUAUCUCGUCGGGACUGUCAUCCAAGGAUUGAUUGUGUUGAAUACCCCUAGCUAUGUCGCCCAGAGCUGGCAUGGAACGCUGCUCGUUAUGGCAGUGGCCACCUUCGCCAUCAUCUUCAACACCGUCUUAGCCAAGAGACUACCCAUGGUGGAGGGACUCUUGCUGGUUCUGCACGUACUGGGCCUUUUCGCGAUCGUCGUCACCCUAUGGGUACUUGCGCCGACUGCGAACGCUCGGGAUGUCUUCACACAGUUUACGAACGCAGGAGGCUGGAAUUCCGAAGGCACAGCCUUUAUGGUUGGCUUGCUGAGUCCGAUCGUGUCGUUGAUUGGCUUUGACUGCGCAGUGCACAUGUCGGAAGAGGUGAAAGAUGCAGGAAGGACGCUCCCGAAAGCUAUGCUGUGGUCCUUCGGCUUCAACAGCGUUCUUGGUCUCCUCAUGGCCAUAACCAUGUGCUUCACUCUUGGCGAUGUGGACGACAUUCUCAAUAGCGCGACUGGGUAUCCCUUCAUACAGGUCUUCUACAAUGUCACUCAGUCUUCCGCAGGGGCCUCGAUUCUCACCGUGAUUCUGAUACUGACUCUCACCUCGUCCGCCAUUGCCGAGAUAGCCACCGCGAGUCGACAGUUGUGGUCGUUCGCUCGAGACCGUGGUAUGCCCGGGCACAAAUGGAUUUCACACAUCACGCCCGGCUGGAACAUACCACUUCAUGCCGUUCUCGUGUCGCUCUUGGUAACGUCGCUCCUCUCGCUUAUCAACAUUGGUUCGUCAGCAGCGCUCAAUGCCAUCUUGGCUUUGACCACUGUGAGUCUUUUGACCAGCUACAUCAUCGUCAUCGGAUGCCUUCUCAUCAAGCGGCUCCGUCGCCAACCAUUGCCGUGCAGGAGAUGGAGUCUAGGGAAGUUCGGAGGCGUGGUCAAUGCGAUUGCACUGUGCUACCUGCUUGCGAUCUACGCCUGGAUGUUCUUUCCCGUUGCUACACCUGUUGAAGCAGAGUCGAUGAACUGGGCGAUUGUCAUGUUCGUGGGCAUCAUGACUAUUGCGACAGUGUGGUAUCUUGUGGAGGGACAUAAGAGCUAUGUGCCGCCUGUAGCACUUGUGUCGAGAGACGGCUGGGUGCGAUGACGCUCCGUAUGGUACAGAUAUUGUAUGGGUACCUAUAUACCUUAUACAUCUAUACUAUCACUGAUGCCAACUGUCAAACGACCACGCCGACAAGAGACUCUUGUGCUCCCGCAGUGGGAUUGAGAUCUCCAGGGUGUUGGUCACUGGCUAACAGCAUAUCUAGACGCUCGCUUGAUAUUGGAACCGGAUGAAUAGGGCCUGUUCGAUAUUGAACGUACGGAAGUCGAAAUUGGUCCACAUGAUGCGGUGGGAUAAAGUUUGAUAUCUCGUCAUGACGACGCGUCUCCACUUUGAAAAUCUUCGAACGCGACGAGAUGGACCUUCAAACUGGCGUCGAACAUGAUGACGCCUUUACCACAACGACAACAACAACAAAAUAUCGUAUUAAAAUGCCUGCCCGAACCGAUGAGCGGCAGCCUCUGUUGAGAGAUGAUGAACAGUCUCGAGACCAGCCCAAUCAGGAUCACAGUCGAGAACAAAAGGUCGAAUUCGACGAGACCGACUCGGAAAACCCACGACAAUGGCCCCUCUUCACCAAGUACGCCGUCGUACUCCAGAUAACCAUGACGGCCUUCUUUCUGCCGAUGGCUUCCAGUGUCUUUGCGCCCGCGAGCGAUGUACUGGCAGACGAGUUCGGUGUUUCGAAGCAGCGUGCUUUGCUCAAUCAGACCGGAUUCGUUUGCAUGCUUGGCAUAGGCCCUCUCUUUCUGGCACCGAUGAGUGAAACCUUUGGCCGGAGAAUCAUAUACAUCACCUGCCUCGUCAUCUUCACAUUACUCCAAAUCCCAUGCGCAUUGUCUCCCAAUUUGGCAACCUUUGUGACGUUUCGGACGCUCUCGGGGUUCUUUGGGUCAGUGGGCGUUGGGAAUGGCGGUGGCUCCAUCGCAGACAUGUUUGCUGUUAAUGAGAGAGCCAAAGUGCUCGGAUUCUACAUGAUAGCUCCACUUCUGGCGCCCUCGGUUGGUCCUGCUAUCGGGGGCGCAUUGGUUCAUGUCACCAGCUGGCGGGCUCUGGCGUGGCUCAUGUUCAUACUCGGAUGCACGACGACACUUGUAUCUUACUUCUUCCUGUAUGAAACGCGAGCAACUACCAUUCUACAGCAGCGCAAGGCCCAGCUGGAAGAGAAGCACCCCGACACGUCCUGGUAUGUCGAAGGCGUGAACCCGCAAUCAAUACCCGCCAAGAUUGCAGGCAAUAGCACACGAGCUGUCAAGAUCCUGGCUACCCAACCCAUCGUACUGAUUAUGUCGGUGUACCAAGCCCUGAUCUUCAGCACAAUGUACAGCCUGUACGCAUCCUUUGGCACUAUAUGGGCCGAUCCUCCCUACAGAUUCGACAAGCGACAGGUGGGCCUUGCUUACUUGGCUCCGGCGUUGGGCUUCAUCAUCACGGCGUUUGGGAUCAUUAUCCCUUUCAUCGACAAAGUGUAUGACCAACUGGCUCGCAGGUACAACAAUGAUGGAACGCCAGAAUAUCGGCUUCCAUUGGCGAACAUUGGCGCUGUCCUUCUGCCCAUUUCCCUCUUCUGGUUCGGCUGGUCAGUGGAGGAGGGCCUGCACUGGGCUGUUCCGCUGACAGCUAUGAUCUUCUUUGGAGCAAGUCAGGCUUCAAUUUUUAACGCUGUACAGACUUACUAUACCGAGGCAUACGAAAACAAUGCUGCCUCUGCCCUCGCUGCUGGUUCCUUUCUGCGAAGCCAAGUCGGAGGUGUCAUUCCGUUGUUCGUGGGCACUCUUUUCCAGACUGUCGGCUAUGGGUGGGGCAUGAGUGUGUUUGGCUUUAUCGCGCUGGCUCUCAUGCCAGCGCCGCUCCUGUUUUUCUGGGUUGGCGCACGAUUGCGAGAGAGAUUUCCAUUCCAAGGUUGAAGCACAACGCACACUGUGCGCCUAUCGCGGAGAGAAAAAGUCCUGCAGAGAGGACAAUCUCGUGGGCGGUGAAAAAUGGCACGUAACCGCAAUGUUGGACGGGUCUCCCAACGUCCGGGAAAGACAUAGCUUAGCGCCAUAUCUGAGCAUUUAGCAGCGAUUGAGUAUGGCUGGGAGGCAGAGAACAUCGAGUCAUCAGCAUCAAAAGCUGUUUUUGUCUGCCGCGCGAGACGAUGUCCUUCAUCUCGGCAACAAGGCUGGUCGGUAUUCAAACUUGGUAAGAUCUCGAUUUCUAACCCUAUUUGCAACACACUUUAGCCACAUGGAGAAGCAUAUACCAAAAUGGAUAAACGCCAUAGGUCUCCAGCUUCCACUACCUGAG